UCUCUCUCUCACACACAUAUUCCUCUCUUUAAUUCCUAGCUGCUGCUGCUUCUUCUUCUUCUUUCAUGGCAAAUACCAACCAAACUACUGAACCACAACCAUCCUUAAAUGAAAUUAAGCUUGCGAUCCCUGACGAUGCACAAACCAUGCAGGGACCGGAGGUGGAGGUUUUUGACUACUCUAAAAGAGCACAGUGGCUUAGAGCCGCCGUGUUGGGCGCCAACGAUGGCCUUCUCUCGACAGCAUCACUGAUGUUGGGAGUUGGGGCGGUCCGGAAUGAUGUAAAGACCAUGAUCCUCACCGGGAUUGCCGGGUUGGUGGCCGGAGCUUGUAGUAUGGCCAUCGGAGAGUUUGUGUCUGUGUACUCGCAGUAUGACAUAGAAGUGGCUCAAAUGAAGAGAGAGAACAAUAUUAUGAGUAGAAAUGCAUUGGAGGACAAGAAAAGGGGGUUGCCGAACCCGCUCCGGGCGGCAGUGGCGUCCGCCUUGUCGUUCGCUGUGGGGGCGGUGGUGCCACUGCUGGCGGCGGCGUUCGUGAAGGACUAUAAGCUGAGGUUGGGGUUGGUGGUGGGGAAUGUGAGUUUUGCACUGGUAGGGUUUGGAGGGUUGGGUGCAGUGAUGGGAGGGGCACCUGUGGUGAAGUCCUCGUUGAGGGUAUUGGUUGGGGGUUGGCUUGCAAUGGGGGUCACUUUUGGCUUAACCAAGUUGGUUGGUUCUACUGGAAUGUGACACUAUUAUUUUGCUUUCCCUCCUUUUUUUUUUUUUUUUUUUUUUUUUUUGGGUAACUAUUUGUAUUAAUAUUGUGAUCAUUUUAUCAUCAGUUUUAAUUUAUAUAUAUAUAUUUUUGUUGGUAUUUUGGUUGUACUUUGACCCUUUUUAAUUUUCAGUAUAUGUUUUGGAGAUGCAAAAAAAGUGAUUAAAAAUAUUAAAGAAAGUUAUUUUCAUUGUCCCUUUUUAUUAAUCUUCGACGGGUACGUUCAAUCCUUUUUGUUCUUGAAUAUACACUAUAUAUCUUGCUCUUUUAUUUUGUAGUAGGCUAAAAAAAACUAAGUCAAUAUGUAUAUGAG